AUGAAGGUCACUUCCGCAACUGUUCUCUCAGCGCUGGCCGCCACAGUUUCGGCACACGGAUUCGUCCAGCAAAUCUGGCUCGGCGAGGACCUCGUCGACACAUGGAAUCCUUACAAGGAUCCUUCGAAGAAGGUCAACAAGAUCACCCGCAAGUUCAAGGACAACGGGCCGGUUACUGAUGGACUCUUCGAAACCGACGCAAUCACUUGCAACAUCGGCAAGGACAAGAACAAUGAGCCUGCUACGGAGACCGCCAACGUUGCUGCCGGUAGCACCGUCAAGUUCAUGUGGACUGAAUGGAAAAGCGACCAUCCCGGUCCCAUUCUGACCUACCUUGCCGACUGUGGAGGCAAGUGUAGCGAUUUUGAUGGCAGCAAGGGCAACGUCUGGGUCAAGAUUGAUCAGUCUGGUUACGACGCCAAAGAGGCCAUCCCUUGGGCAAGCAAGAGGCUUCCCGAGAACAACAGCACCUACACCGUCAAGCUACCCUCCAAGAUAGCUCCCGGAGAGUACAUUCUGAGACAUGAAAUCCUUGGCUUGCAACGUACCAACAAAGACGGCAAGCUGGCUCAGUUUUACCCUGGUUGCCAUCAAGUCACUGUCACCGGCAGCGGAACCACCAAGCUUCCCGAGGGUAUUGCUCUCCCUGGAGCCUACAAGGCCGACGACACCAAGUCGAUUUUCCUUGACUAUCGCAAGGUCACUGAGUACACUCCUCCUGGAGGCCCUGUUUGGGGUGAUGAUGGCUGGGCUAAAUAA